AACGUAAAACAGUGUUGGCAGUUUACCACAUUUUUUAAUUUAUAUUCUUUUGUUUAUAAAUAAGUUUAAUAUAAUAAUUUUCCUCGAUUGCAGUUGAAAAUGUACUUUUUGAGUUCCAAUUCAUGUUACAAAUAUUCUUUGGUUUGAAGUGUAUAAGUAGGUAUACAUCUAUAUCAUUCGGUCAUUCAUUCAGUCACUCAAACAAAUCAAUCAGUCAUCUUUUUUUGCCGUUGCGGAAGGAGUCGCCUGUCUAUUGCAAAAAAUAUUAUAAAAAAAUAAUAUGACAUGCAGAGCGGUAUAUAGUCAGUUAUGGCUGUGAAUAUUGUUACUGAUUCCAAUUUUGGCUUUUAAUGCGAGGUGGAUAUUGUGUAUAGUUUGUCAAAUAAAUGAGCGGGGAAGCGGCUGUCAGUGAUAUUGAUUUAUUUUUCAAAGAAGUUCAAACAUGAGUGGUGGUUUGAGGAUGAAGGGGUGCGUGUGAUGAGCGGGCUGGUGUGGUGAAGGGACGGAGAUCGUGGAAAUGCCGGGAAGUGGUAGAAUGAGCGGGCAAGAUGAAGACUAAGAGUUUCCUGCUGUUCUCGACGUCGGUGUUCGCGACCAGCCUGUUCCUGAUCGUGUUCCACUCGCAGCAGCCGCAGUCCAUCCAGAAUAUCGUAUCGCAGACGCACCAGCACAUCAAGGACUUCCAGGUUGUGUCCCCACAGGACAACCUCCGAGAUGUGGAAGAGAACCACCUGGUGGAAGAGGAGAGAUACCUCAAGAUGCUGGGGCUCUCGGGGCAUGUGGAGCCCUGGCAUAACACCACGGUGCCGGUAAUAGUGACACACGCCCGGGAUGACCCUGCCAUGGCGGUGAGCUUUGUGAGGGCGGCAGCGAAGCUGCCCUACACUGUACUGCUGUACAAUUUAGGAUUAAAGCCAAACUCAUUGGCUGUGGUGUCGAGCUACUGCAACUCGUCACGUUGUGCUGUCAUCGACUUCGACCUGGACGCUUUCCCCUCUCACGUCAGCGACGAAAGCAUCACCGCGUAUCGCCCGCUCAUCAUACAGCACGCGUUAUCCCGAGUGGGCGGCGUGAUCUUCGCUGAGCCCAACCAGCGCUGGACUGGCUCGCCGGCCUCUCUCACCGCUCUGUGGACGAGAGCGGCCCACUCCGGGGUACUGGCGUACCCUCGGCGCGCCGCCGUCACGUCCUUCACUCACCCGAGGAUGUUCCACUACCUCAACGCGGCGCUAGACGACUUCCUCUUCGUGCAGAUGCUGGAACUCACAAGGUUGUUAGUGGCGGACACGCCGGCCGUGAAGGAGGUGAUGCGGCCGUGGGUGCAGUGCGCGCUCACGCAGGACUGCAUCAUGCCUAUAGGUGCUCAAGCAGCCGGCGGUUGUCGCUUCGACAAGAAGCCUCAAUACCGCUACUCGGGCUGCCACGGGCAGGACGCCUCCGCGCUCAGCAUCAUCCUCGGCCUCCGCUCCGGCUUCGAGGAGUCCUCCUACGCCCCGAGGGGAACCGUCGCCUGGAGGAAGGAGGACCAAGCUGACGCUAGCAAAGCGCUAGCGGCGCUACAGAAGAAUGCUACCGAGGAAGCGCGGACGGAUCGCAGCGAACGACAGGUCAGCCUGCCACAACAAUAGGAAACCCGUAUCUCAAUACAGUUAAUGAGUAGUUAAAAAACAAUUGAAGCUGUGUCUACCCAUUCAGCGACAGAAGAUUCGCGAAGGGCCAGUCUGAUGCCAGUAGGGCGCUGGCGGCGCUGCAGAUGAAUGCCACCGAGAAAGCGCAAUGAACCCGUAUCUCAAUGCAAUUGUUUAUGUAUAAUUAAAAAUAAAGCUGUGGCUAUGAGAAGGAAUAUCAACCCAUUCAGCGACCCUGAAGAGGUGUGUUUAAAUACCUUGGAUCUCAAAGUUUUAUAAAAAUAUCGACAAAUUGUUAAGACACAUGUAAAAAAUAUCGCGGCCUUAGAGCGUUUUCACUUUAUCCGAUCCGAUGUCGGAUGUAGAAACGAUGUCAAAGGCAAAAAUCAAAGAUGGCGCCUUUAAUAUAUCGGUCCUACAUCCGAUAUCGCAUCGGAUAAUGUGAAAACUUAGACGUCUACGGGAUUACAAAAAAGUUCCUUUGUUUUGUUUUAGUAGGCUUGAGCUACUAACUUUAUAGUUUUGUUUAUUUUGUAUACUAACUGCAACACCCGUGUCAGGCCAAUGACAGGCCUUAUUUUAUUACAAUAAGGUUCACGAAAGGCCAGUCAACGAUGUGAACGACAUAUAAAUCAGUAGAAUAUUUUAGGCAAUAGUUCCACCAAAAACGAGCAAGCGAUGAGCUAUCAGCGAUAGAAACGCACAAAAGAUAGCGCGAGCGAUUUAUAGUUCACGUUCACUCGCGCUAUCAUCGCGUCUCUUUUAUUUACGCGGGAGCGACUAUCUUUUGUUCCUUUCUAUCGUCGAUAGCUCAUCGCUUACUCGUUUUUCGUGAGACCAGUGCCUUAGGGAGUAAAAUCUAGCUAGGUCAGGGAAGCUAUGAAAACAAGGUGGUCAAUACAUCUGACGCUUACGGCUGUGACGGAACAAAUUGAACAUUUAGAUUAGGUUUUCCUUUAUUGAAGAUUUUACAUCACAUCAUAUUAUUUUAAAAUUCAGUCCCUUUGUCAUAGAAUAUGCUUAUAACCCUCUGUACCUACUACCUACCUAUAAUAUAAAAGAACACCUAUAUCGACAUUUCCUUUUUGCCACGGCAGACACGCUGAAGUUUACACACUAGGUUGGAUGUUUACAGGAUAUAGCUAUUUAAAAAAAACCUGUAAACGGGUUGAAAAGGGGAUGAAAGUAUGUAUGGGGAUCAAAUUUUAUUUUGAGUUAGGAACAUGAAACUUGGCAAAAAGUUAAUAAAUUAGAAUAGGAGAAAAGUAAUCUCAGCGUUUUUGGAUAUUCAUCCCCCAAGGGGGUUGAAAAAGGGAUGAUCGUUUGUAUGAAGAACAAGUUUUUUUUAGUUUAAAUACAAUAAUAGUGAUUUCUUGGUUGUUGAUAAUUCGUUCCCUGGAGGUGUUAAAAAGGGUUCAACUGUUUUAUUUAAAUCGACGAACUCGAAGCUUCGUAAAAUGACAGUUAGACUAAUAAAAGAAAAACGAAUUCAGUAUUUUCGGAAAUUCAUCUCCUAAGGGGAUUAAGUGGAGGACGAAAGUUUGUUCUAUUUUAAGAAGCCGCAACUUCGGCAGGAAACUGGGCUUUCCUAAAUUUGGGAAAUAAACCCACGCUAACGAAGUCCUGGGCAUCGGCUAGUGUCUCUAUAUGUUUUGUCAUACCAACUUUGAUUAAAUUAUUUAGAUCAUUUAUAAUGAGUAGCUGAUUUGACUGCGACGGGUAGUACACUCGCCAUCAAAUAUAUCGGAGCGUCAGAGGUGCUCACUAAUAUCUGUUUGCGUAGCCGAAUGCACAAAUGCUCACGAAACGCUCACAAUAAUAUCUCUUUCGUAGCUAUCUAUCUCUAUAGCUCUUGCGUAUUGGCGCGAUAGAGCCAGACUGCCUUUCUACGGCAUGUCGCGUCGCAGUAAUUCCAUUCGGCUACGGGGCCUGAACGCGCCUCUAUUGUCAUGCCGAGAGGCGUGUUGAGAUAUUUUUGAGUACCUCGAGCGCUCGUAUACACCUAUCCGAUGGCAACCUUACUACCCGUAGCAGUCAAAUUAGACUACCGUAGGUAUUGUUACUAAGAAUGUAAAUACGUGUAAAUUAUAAAUCAAACGCAAUGUUGAUGCAAAUUCCGCAUUGCUUUAGUAAAUAUUCAGUAUUGUUUUACAGCGAUUGUCUUGAGUUCUAUUAUCCUUAUUUACUCGAGUAUAAUUACUUUUCAAUGUCAGGCACCCAUAACAAGUGUUACUUACAAAACAUACUCGGGGUUCUUAAUCUAGAGCAGUUGAAGAUUAUCUUUUGUCGUCCUAUAUAAAUAAGUAUUUAACAGCGUUAUUUUUUUCACCACUCGUGUGCCACCAUCACGUUCCGCCAUCUUAGCGGUUGUAAAACCUGAAGUGUACAUUUUUAUGAUGAAUACUCAUUAAUCAUAACUGACAUUUAGUUGAGAUAAGUUUCAGAUUAGAUAUUUAAUUGCCGAUUUGUAUAUAUAAUUUAUGCCUACGUUAUUUUCAACGACACACUCAAACGGGCUCCAAUGUAAAACCUAACUAUACUUAUCCCCUAGAAUUCUUAAGUCUCCGCAACACAUGAGCGUUUUAACAGCGUAGUGUGAGUGGAGUGCGAUGCGAGCGUAUCUUGCGGCUCGCUUUGAUCUCGUUCGACUUCUCUCGGGAGAAACUCGCGCGCGGCGUCAGCCGGGCUCCCUUAUCGCGCCCUGUACGCGCUCAUUUGUGGCGGAGGCUUUUGGGUCUCCACAUACUUGUACUAGCGUCUCCCGAGCUCUCGACUAGAUACCGGCGCUCACAAGAGGCUGUGUGUUGGCCCUUAUCCGUAUCAACAUUAUAUUAAAUCGAUUACGGUUAUGACUCGUUCUUUCUUGACAAAUAAUAAGUUGCGCUGUCAUAACAACUUCCUUUGCGCCGACUGCAUAGAUGUUAAUUGAAAUAACUAUAUUAUUAUUUUCCUUCAGCAUAUAUGAACUGGCUGGAAAUCACUAUCUUUACUUUUAGUGAAGUGAUAUGUUUAGUAUCAGUACAGCCAACUGUCUGCUCUGGCCUUUAUUGUAUGAUAGGUUCGGCAUCUAACGAAGUAGCCUAAUUCAAGUAUGAGGUUGUUAACUUUGUCAAGCAAUGAACAACGUUUUUAUGCGUCGAACUAAACACCUAUAAGAAAAACACUACACUAGCAUAUUUCCAGCAUUUGACGUGUGAGUGACUCUUAUAGU